AUGACUGAACCACAAUCCGAGGCUGAUCGAGACCAGCCUUACAAAUACCAGGCACUCAAGUCUCCACUCCAUAUUAGGUUAAUUCAUCUACUACCCGGCAAGCCUGACGAAGAUAUUCGACUACGAAUCUCCCAUGAACUUCUGAGGCAACCAGAGCAACCGAGGUCACUACGCCUAUCCCGGAAACAACUACAAAGAACGCUCCCUCCAGGGUGGGAUGUUGUUGAAACAAUCGAGGGAAGAUUCAUCUUCAUGAACGAGCCUGACGACGCAUCAAGUGAGGAAAAUGAGGAAAAUGAGGAAAGUGAUGAAGGAAGUGGGAUUGUCCAUACUUGGAAACACCCAGACCCAACUAUAGACCCAGAACUGUACGAGCUCCCACCUGUAAAUCCCGCACAACCCGUCUUCGAAGCUCUAUCCUAUGUCUGGGGUCGGCAAUGUGACCCUGUGGUCGCUACCAUCGAGGGAGAGGCAGGUGAGUGUCUGGGAAACAUCAAGCUUGGGAAGAACCUAGGAAAGGCACUCAGACAUUUGAGAUACCAAGAUCAAGAGCGCGUACUGUGGGUGGAUGCUAUCUGCAUCAACCAAAACGACGAUGUCGAAAGGGCCACUCAAGUUCUUCAGAUGUCAAGUAUCUAUCAGGAUUGUAGCCGAGUUAUUAUCUGGCUUGGCCCCGAAAAGCACGACAUAGGGCUGGUUUUCUCUGAGCUGGCUCAUAUCGGAUCUCAGGUUGAGAAGACAACAAACGGUUUCAUAAUGUCAUCCCCGGAUACAACCGACUUCAGGUGGUGGAAGGACGAUGUUCCAGUCUCCUUUUCCGACGAGGUAUGGUCAGCCAUCAAAAAGCUCGGCGACCGGUCUUGGUUCCACCGUCUUUGGACUGUUCAAGAGGCUAUCAUGGCGAAUCGUGAUUCCAUCAUCCAGAGUGGCGACGCAAUUAUUUCAUGGGCUUUAUUCCGUCGUGCAGUUGCAUGCCUUCUGCAUAAAAACGAAAUGCCGAUGGCUCGAGUUUCUAUCAGUGCCAUGAGAAGCAUAGCGAAAAAUCCCAUCGGAGCAACACUGGCACAUACUCUGGAUGCAUAUCAAGCACGGUUGUGUUCAGACUUUCACGAUAAGAUAUACGGACUACUGGCUAUUCUACCGCCCAGGUUUGCGAGUGAGAUCAAGCCGGAUUAUGAGCAACCUGUCGUCGAGCUAUACAAGUCCUGCUUUCUGGCUAAUAUCAAAGCUCUUAGCCGCUGGGAGCUGCGUGGCUGUCCUCGAAAUCCGGAUGAGGGUAAUUGCCCCUCUUGGGUUCCUGAUCUUUCUCAAGUAGAUCCAUAUGGCCGGAGAGUGUCAGAGCACUACGCCUCUGGAUGUUCUGCUCUACACCAUGAGUACCAAGCGCCCAAUUUACUAAAGGUAGUUGGUUUACGAUUCGACACUGUGAAGUCUGUUUCUGAGAAGACCUUUGAUCAUUGGGACGAUGGCGAAACAGCAAUUCGCAGUAUACGAUCUUGGGAACCUGAAUGUUCUCUCACAGGCCCGUAUCCUAGUGGGGGCACCUAUCUGGAUGCUUUUGCGGCCACUUUUCUUCAAGACGGAAGAAUUGAACGUCGUCCUACCGAGGGAUUUACACUUGAGCAUAUCAAGGAUAGGUUCGAAACCGAAUUUCUCUCGACAGCCUCGACACCGGUGUCAAAGCUGAGUCGCGGAGACAUGAUGGAAUAUGUCAUCUGGACACGUUCCAAAGGUAGAGCAAUGGUCACAACUGAGAGGGGUAGUAUUGGUUUAGCGUGUACUUUCGCACAGCCUGGCGAUGUAAUUUGCGUCGUCCUCGGUUGCGACUUUCCAGUACUACUCCGUCCAUCUGAGGAUAACACCUGGAAGUUUCUGAGUGACUGCUACGUGUGGGAUCUAGAAGCUACGCAAGGCUUGCUGGGCCCUCUUCCGUCCCUGUGGCAGGCCCAGCUAUUCUAUGAUCCCGUUACUGAACACCGGUCUUACACCCGCUAUCAUAACCCCGAAACAGGAGAGCUGACAGUAGAAGACCCUAGGCUGGAGCCUCUUGUAGGAUGGCAGCGCGUUUCAGUGGAGGAGCUGGGGCGAGACCUUACAGGCGAUGACCCAGAAGUGUAUGACUUCUUCCGGAAUAUGGAAGAUGGCAGAAUCGUGAACUCUGAUCCAAGCCGUGGCUACACCUAUGAGGCAUUGAUUGACCACGUCGGCAACUCGGCAUCAGCGGGUCGGAUUCCUCGUAUUCUUCCGCGUAUCGGUGCGAGCCAAUCUUCCAAAAUGAUUUUCAAAGUUUUAGCAGCUUCCCUUUUUGGCAUUGCCUGCGCAGCGAAAGACGGUAGUCAAUACCCGCUUUCUUAUGGUGAAGCAUGGGCUGGUCCAGUGCGAUUCGCUGACAACUUUAACCUGUCCAGCAAUUCUACCGGCUUCACCAUGGCCGAGGCCACACUUGUGAUGCCGCAUCUAUCGAUUCCCAAGAAGCCGCAUAAGGAAGUCGACGAGUAUACUGCCUCUUUCUGGAUCGGACUCGAUGGCGUUUUAUCAUCUGAUAUCGUCCGUGGUCUUUGGCAAGCUGGAGUUAUAAUGUCGGUGUGGCCAAACGGGACGACCCAGUAUACAGGCUUUCACGAAUGGAUUCCCGAUGACCCUAUUGACGUCAGCUCGUCCAAGCUGGCCAUAUCAGAGGGCGACCACAUCCAUGUAGUUCUCAAGACGACAAAUAACGGAUACCAUGGCAGCACCACGCUUACAAACCUGAACACAAGUCGGACAUACACACAUAGUCAAAACGCUGCAAACCUAUGGCGCGGCCCCACUUUCCCAGCUCAAGGUGCAACCGCCGAAUGGAUCGUUGAAGCAGGAACAUAUCUGAACACAACGCAAUAUGUUUUUCCGAACUGGGGAAUUGCCUCGUUCUUGAAUGCACGAGCCUGUAAUGAGAAAGGCAAAUGUUCACUACCUGGAGAUGGGAACAAGAAGCAGGGGGAGAUGACCGCCGUUUUUUGGAAUGAUACCAAGACGCUCUACACAAAAUCGUACAUUACGGGGGAUCGUGUCUCAGUUGAAUACAUAGAGAAGCACCAGCCCUCUGUAGCGAACGCCUGAAGAUAGGUAGUCAUAUCGACAUCUACUGCUCUUUACGCCCAUCUUAGUGCUGUUGGUCUACUGCGACGCUAAAAGGUACUCCUAAUAAUUAAUAAUUUAUUAUAUAUAUACCAAAGAAUUACUCAUUAGAGAGGUAUAGAACUUUCUCUAAC